AUGGUGAAGCUGUUCUGCGCGAUUGUCGGAGAGCAGGGAAGCGCAUUCCCCGUCAACAUCGCUUCGAGUGAGUCUGUUGGGGAUCUGAAGGAAGAAAUUGCGGAGAAGCAGAAGUAUGACUUUGCCGCGAGCAAGCUGCAGCUUUUUCUUGCCAGAAAAGGCGACUCGUGGUUGCCAGACGAUGAUCCUGCUGCGUUGCAACUCGAAGUAGGGAAGGUUCACAAUGACAUCCAAGUGUUGAUCAAUGAAGAGAAGAUGAAGGCGACGUGGACAAUUAAAGAGGUGUUGAAAGCCAACAACAUAACACGAUGGCGCGCCCCAAAGUCAAAACACAUCCACGUUUUGGUGGUGACUCCGGAGCAAGAGCAAGAGAAAACGAGAUUAUGGCUUGUCGAUGGAUUGGUCGAGAAUGCCCUUAACACGAAAGGAAUUCGCUACAGAUUGUUUCGGUUGGCAGAUUCGUAUAUUGGAUACUAUGAUCCUGACCAUCGCAUCGGCGACCAGAUCCAAGCACUGUGGUAUGAUGGCACGACGUUGCGGGUGCAUGUGCUAUUUGAAAAAAAGGAAAAGGCCCUGGAGUUUGAGAGUGUAGUCCGUAAUGAACGACAGACAAUUAAUUCCCCGCUGAAUGGUCAAGUGAUCAAAACUUCUGUUACCCAAGUUGUUCAAGUAUCCUGUGAACUGCGGCGCAUCUGCUACGAGCAUUAUGAUCCUCAGGCAACCGAAUCUACACAGGAUACGAUGUCUUCUAUCUCAACGAACACUACGAUUGUUGAUGUGAUGACCGACGAGUUCAGAUUUCAACGAAUCGAAAGUGAAAAGUGGUUUGGACCACUUGGAAAGGCACAGAGCUGUCAUUUGAUGUCGAGAGAACAUUGUCGUAGAUACGAAAGUUAUCAUAAGUACGACAACGACAAAAGUAAUCGUCUCGCUCUCUCGUCAGAGAUGCACGGCUGGUAUGAUGCUCUCACGGUUUCCGUGCCAGUGAUGAAUAUUCGAGUCGAAUCAGUUUCGCCGCAUCCAGUGAUCAGCAACAGGUUUGAAAUAAAGUUGAUUGUCAGCGCGUUGGAUGCUGGUUAUGGUGAGCUUAUCUCGUUGCGCAUGAAGGACGGUUUCGCUGCAUCGGAUGAUCGCUUAGAGAUGCAAACCUGUGUCUACAUUGAGAAUCCCAUGGUAUUCUGCGAAUGUAUCGAAUGGAAGCGUAAACAGAUUAAACAACGCUGGCAAGAGUACUUUGACAUGACGUCUACAACUGAUUAA